GGGGCUAAUGUAUACACAUCCAAAACGCUUAGUCAAAUUUAGACCAGUACAUGUAUGUGAUUGUGAAAGCGCAAAACUGACAGUAUAACUAAUAAAGAUGGAUCCCAAUCGAAUUAUCCAGGCUUUGAAGGGGACAAUUGAUCCCAACCUCAGAAUAGCGGCUGAAAAUGAACUCAAUCAGUCUUACAAGAUCAUCAACUUUGCCCCCACCCUGCUCCAGAUUAUUGUGUCUGAACAGGUAGAGUUCCCCGUACGCCAAGCAGCGGCCAUUUACCUGAAGAACAUGGUUAGCCAGUACUGGCAGGACCGCGAGCCCUCAAUUGGGGAGGUGGUGUUUCCCUUCAACAUCCAUGAGAAUGACCGCCAGCAGAUUCGAGAUAACAUAGUGGAGGGCAUUAUCCAGUGCCCAGAGUCCAUACGGGCCCAGCUGACGGUGUGUUUGCGAGCCAUCAUAAAGCACGACUUCCCUGGUCGCUGGACAGCCAUUGUGGAUAAGAUUGGGGUGUACCUGCAGUCUCAGAACAGUGGCAGCUGGUAUGGCAGUCUGCUGGCCCUGUACCAGCUCGUCAAGAACUACGAGUAUAAGAAGGCUGAUGACAGGGAGCCGUUGCUGGCAGCUAUGCAGAUCUUUCUACCCCGUAUCCAGCAACUCAUAAUCCAGCUGCUGCCAGACUCCACCAUCUUCUCUGUCCUCAUCCAGAAACAGAUCCUCAAGAUCUUCCACGCACUCGUACAGUACUCCCUGCCUCUCCAGCUUAUCAACAACACUAUAAUGACUCAGUGGAUGGAGAUACUGAGGGCUGUGAUGGACCGCAGUGUUCCUCCAGAGACAUUGGAGGUUGAUGAAGAUGACCGUCCGGAACUGGUGUGGUGGAAGUGUAAGAAGUGGGCCAUGCACAUCCUGACCAGGCUGUUUGAGAGGUAUGGAAGCCCAGGGAAUGUGACUAAGGAAUACUUUGAGUUUGCGGAUUUCUUCCUCAAGACAUACGCCAUGGGUAUACAGCAGGUGCUGUUGAAGGUGUUGGACCAGCACAGACAGAAGCAGUAUGUAACUCCACACGUCCUACAACAGUCCCUCAGCUACCUGCGUCAGGGACUGUCCCACUCCAUCACCUGGAAACACAUGAAACCCCACAUGCAGACCAUUUGUCAGGAGGUGAUCUUCCCUCUCAUGUGCUACAAAGAUGAGGAUGAGAAACUCUGGCAGGAGGACCCUUAUGAGUACAUCCGUAUGAAGUUCAACUUGUACGAUGACCACGCCCUCCCCGCCACAGAGGCCCAGAGUCUCCUGUGCAAAGCCGCCCGCAAGAGGAAGGAGCCAUUCAGAGGUGGACUUGUUGGUGUGUUUUGGAUCAUUGUCCUGCUGCAGAACCCAAGUUCGCUUCAGCUUGAGGUCACGAACAGAUGGCCGGACAUUCUCCUUCAGGAUUUUUUGGUAGACAGCAGAAUUAAUUUAUCACAGCAGGUCUUCCAGGUCCUGAAGCAGCAAAACAGCCCCAGCUCACACUAUCACCACCAUAUUUUACUGUUGAUUCUGCCCCAGAUGAUGGACUUCUGUCACCAGAUCCUGAUGGAGCCCACCACUGACCCCCGCAGGAAGGACGGGGGGUUGCACGUCAUCGGCUCAUUGGCAGAACUGUUGCUGAAGAAGCGGUUAUACAGGGAUCAGAUGGAGCUUAUGUUACAGAACUACGUGUUCCCCCUCCUCAACUCUCCUCUGGGAUACCUACGAGCCAGGUCAUGCUGGGUGCUGCACUCCUUCAGUCCACUGCGAUUCCAUGAUGAGCUGGUGCUGAGAAACGCGGUGGAGCUGGUCAAGCAGGACCUGAUUGCAGACAAGGAGAUGCCCGUCAAAGUGGAGGCUGCUAUUGCUCUGCAGACACUAGUCAGCAACCAAGAGCAAGCUAAAGUCUACAUCAGGCCCUACAUCCGACCCAUCAUGCAGGAGCUGCUGCACAUUGUGAAGGAGACGGAGAACGACGACCUCACCAACGUCAUCCAGAAGAUGAUCUGUGAGUACAACCAGGAAGUGGCCGUCAUCGCCGUGGACAUGACGCAGAACCUGGCUGAGAUUUUCACGAAGGUGCUACAGAGUGAGGAGUAUGAGGAGAGUGAGGACAAGACUGUCAUGGCCCUGAGCAUUCUCAGCACCAUUGACACUAUAUUGACUGUCAUGGAGGACCACAAAGAGAUUACUCAACAGUUGGAGGGGAUCUGUUUGCAGGUCAUCGGUCUGGUGUUACAGAAGCCCAUCAUAGGUAUGGCAGAGUUCUAUGAGGAGAUCCUGUCCCUGGCGUUUGGGCUCACCUGUCAGACCAUCUCCCCCCAGAUGUGGCAGCUGCUAGGGGUCCUAUACGAGGUCUUCCAGCAUGACUGCUUCGACUACUUUACAGACAUGAUGCCUCUUUUGCACAACUAUGUUACCGUGGACACUGACAUGCUCCUAUCCAACCCCAAACACCUAGAGGUAAUCUACACCAUGUGCAGAAAGGUGCUAACCAGUGAUGCGGGGGAGGAUGCAGAGUGCCACGCCGCCAAGCUGCUGGAGGUCAUCAUCCUCCAGUGUCGGGGUCGAGCCAUCGACCAGGUCAUCCCUCUGUUUGUGGAGGCGGUUUUGGAGCGGCUGACACGGGGGGUCAAGUCCAGUGAGCUUCGGACCAUGUGUCUGCAGGUGGCCAUCGCCGCCCUCUACUACAACCCCGCCCUCCUCAUGCAUACCCUUGACAACAUGCACUUCCCCCACAACCCCCAGCCAAUCACGGCACACUUUGUCAACCAGUGGAUGAACGACACAGAGUUCUUCCUGGGGCUGCAUGACCGUAAGAUGUGCAUCAUUGGGUUGAGCUUGUUGAUGGAGCUCCCAAGCCGCCCAGCGGUGGUUGAGGGGGUAGCUGCCCAGAUUGUGCCCUCCGUCCUGCUCCUCUUCCUGGGGCUCAAUCAUCUGUACGCUUCCCGCCUCCUCCACAAACCAGACCUGCUAGCCAGGGCUGGUGGAGCAGAGGAGGACCAGAAUGAGGAGAUUCCCAGUGAUGAAGACGAGUUGAAUGAGAAACGCACGGCCAUGCAUCAGCAGGUCAGCAGGCCGGCGGGUCAGGAGGAGGAGGAUGAGGAGGACUACUGGGAUGAAGCGGGUCUGGAGGGCACGGCCCUAGAGGAGUACAGCACGCCCCUGGACUACGACAAUGGAGAGGAUGAGUACCAGUUCUUCACUGCAGCACUGCUGAGGGUCCAGAGUACAGAUGUAGGCUGGUACCAGUCACUCACAGCGCCACUCAGUGAUGACCAGAAGAAACAGCUGCAGGAGAUCUACAGCCUGUCCCAGCAGAGGAGGAGCACGGCCACCAAGGGCCAAUGAGGGGUGAGCAGCAUGGCUUGAGGCUGGAGGUGUGAUGGAGCAGCAUAACUGGUCUAGCCUCAUCCUGGAAAGUAUAAAGAACUGCUUCAGUCCAGCUCAGACCAGCCUGAACUAGACUUUACUGAUUCCAUCAAGAAUGGAUGUCCUCAUCAGAACCAGACUGGUGAAAGACUUACCAGAGACUGGACCGCUCCACUCCAUCACCAGACCAGGAUGUCACACACUCUUCAAAAGCUUGACCACAGCUGGACUAUUCCACCCCAGACAGGACUGUGUGUGUUAGCUGCGCAAGUUUGUGUACUCUUAAAAAGAACUCACUGCAAGAACUCACACAGCAAUUUAUUCUAGUUAUACUUUGCAGUCCUUUGGUCUGUGAUUUUGGAAUUGUGUGUGUGUACAGUAUGUGACAGGGUGAGUGUAUGUGACAGAGUGUUUGUAUGUGUGAUACUGUAAAUACAAUCUUUGUGUCUUUAUAGCCUGACUUUCUAUCAUUGUCACAGUAGUGAGGAAGAUAUGUUGUGUGUUUCCAUGGCAACAAUCAGAGACAUUUACACUGUCAGGCUGCAGACUGCACUGCUGAGAGGAUGGAUGGAUAGAUGGACGCUGGGUUUGGAGGUCAAAGGUCCACUAUCUGUUGAUCCCAGUGUGUGAAAGAUCACUGGUUAUGAUCAUUAGAGAACAAAUACUUCUCUUUUUGUUUGUCUUCAUUUUGUUUUGUAACAGUUUCUGAAUUAACUCAAAAAAUGUCAUAAAAAUCAUCUAACAUCUAGCAAAUGUGUGUUCAGCUGUUUGCUGUUGUUACCUAUUCUCUCCCUGCAGCCCCUCCACACCCUUUUCAAAACAGAUAAUUGAUCUGUCACAUUUAAGAUGGGAAAAACAUGCUGGAAGCCUGGCUUUCACCCAUCCCAGUCUUUCUGAGAC